AUGUCCGCAACAAGUGCAUUAGAAGGUAAUGAAGAUCUAGAAAAUAUUCCGCUAGUCAGAAUGGCAGAUGUACAACCAGAUAGAAGUUCUGAUAUGUAUUCAGGAGGUACUAUAAAGUUGGAAGCCAGUAGCGUUGUUGAAGAUUAUAACGUUUGUAAUGGCGAAGAGAACUCUAAUAUUGGAAGUAUGGUUUCUAUACGAUCAGAAGAGGUAAUUACAGUGGAAGAUGGCACAGAAAUUACAAUACCAGAGAUGUUAAAAAAUAAAGAAGAACCUUUGACUGUAGCUCUGGGAAAACCAGUAAAACAAAAUCCUGAUAGUUGGCCAACAUUAGAAAUAUUACCUGGUGGAGUUAUUAAGCAUGCUUAUAUGUAUGAUGAUAAUACCAUUCCAAGCAUAUGCCAGAGUGGGGAAGCUGAAAGUGAUGAUGAUAAGAUGUAUGCAUGUGCAAAAUGUCCACAAAGAUUUAAGUUUCUUUUCUGUUUGGUCAAACAUGUUAAAUGGCAUGAAGAUCAAAAGAAAAGGGAGAAGUUAAUGAGAUACAUAGGAGAGGUUCCAGAGAGACCGAGAGUCAAAAGAAGCAUUCCUCCAAAAAAUAAAUACAUCAAUGUGAAUUCGAACAAAAAGAAAGUUAUAUCAAAACUAAAAUCAAAAUACAAGGGGCCAUUCAUCAAUUACGUAAGGACAAUUUAUGCCAUUUUUGACUCCCCUGACCUCAAUGUAGGGAGCACA